UCAGGAGCAGAUACUAUCUACAAAUACCUAAGAAAACUCGAUGCUGGAUGAAACGCCGACCUUUUAGCUGGUAGUAACAUCCGUCCUCACCCUCACGCCUACCCGGUUAUACCAUCUAUCUGUUCUCAUAUUAACCAUCUGCUACGCUAAUGCGCACUUAUCCAGUUGCAGCCAAACGCGCACAUGAGUCAUAGAUAAUGAAAAAGUGAUAGAUUAGCAGACCAACCCAUCUUUCAUUAACCAAUUGCACCAUGUUCGACUUGAAGGCCAUAGUCAGACCUAACAUCUUGGGAUUGCAACCCUACAGGUGUGCCAGAGACGACUUCAAGACAGGAAUUCUCCUUGAUGCCAACGAAAAUACCCACGGUCCAUCGUUAUCCAGUGUUGGUGCGGAGGAACAGAAGCUCGAGUUGAACAGAUAUCCUGAUCCCCAUCAAAUCGAGUUGAAACAGCAGAUCGUGGACUUCAGAAAUGCCAAGCCCAACCUGGCUGCUUCAGGCAGUCUCUUGACACCGGAAAACCUCUGCCUUGGUGUGGGUUCCGACGAGAGUAUUGAUAUGUUGUUGCGGUGUGUGUGUACCCCAGGAAAGGACAAGUUGUUGAUUUGCCCUCCAACCUACGGGAUGUAUGGCAUCUGUGCCACUGUCAAUGAUGUGGAGCUCGUUAAAGUUCCAUUACUCACCCCUUCGUUCGACGUAGACGUUGAUGCCGUUGCAAAACAGGUCAAAUCCGAUUCCACCAUCAAGCUUAUCUACCUCACUUCCCCCGGAAACCCCACUGGAAAGUUGUUGGAUGUCAAGGACGUGAUCCGUUUGUUGGAAAUUGAAUGGAACGGGUUGGUGGUCAUUGACGAAGCCUACGUUGACUUUACCUUCUUGGAAUCCGACACCCACAGCCCAUCAGUGAGUACGUUGGUCAACCAAUACCCAAACUUGGUGGUGUUGCAGACCCUCUCCAAAUCCUUCGGUCUUGCUGGUAUUAGACUAGGAAUCACUUUUUCCAGCUCUGAGUUGUCGUACUACUUGAACUCGAUGAAGUAUCCCUACAACAUCUCUUCCUUGACCUCGAACGUGGCUUUGAAAGCUACCAAUGCGAACGACGGUUUGAAAGUUAUGUACUCCAAUGUUGCACGUAUCAUUGAACAAAGAGGAAUACUAUUGGACUCGUUGUCAGCACUCAAAUACGUGGGAAAGAAUUUGGGGGGUUUGGACUCAAACUUCAUUUUGAUUGAGAUAUUGGAUAAGGCUGGAAACCCUUCCAAUGAGGUAGCUAAGAAGCUCUACGAGACCUUAGCCGUUUCCAACGGAGUUGUGGUCAGGUUCAGAGGUACUGAGUUGAAUUGUACCGGUGGGUUGAGAAUCUCAGUGGGAACAGCAGAGGAAAAUAAAGCUUUAGUGGCCAAGUUCGAGAAAUGUUUGAACGAAAUCAAUAAGUAGACGAUAGAGUAGUUCUAGUUCUAGAAAUGAACGAGACCGAUUAGCAGCG